AAGGAGGUGUGGGCAGGGGUCGCUAUUGAGCUGCUACUGCCUUUCAUUCUCUGCCUCGCCCUAUAUAGGAACUUGCCUAACAGGAUAGACUAGUUAAUGAAUUACAGAAACUUUCAUUUCUCUCUUCUGCUGUCAGCGAUGGCGUCCUCAGAUCUGAGAGCGGAGCUGGAUUGUUCCAUCUGUCUGAACAUUUAUACGGAUCCCGUCAUGUUGAAAUGUGGACACAACUUCUGCCGGGUCUGCAUUGAUCGUGUGUUUGAUACACAGGAAGGGUCUGGAGAUUAUUCCUGUCCUCAGUGCAGGGAAGAGUUCAAGGAACGGCCUUCACUACACAGCAAUUUAUUUCUACGUAACAUCACACAGGGUUUCCUGUCUGCUUCACCAGAACCAGAGAAGUCCGGGAUCUUCUGCACUUACUGUAUUCACUCCUCUGUACCCGCUGUGAAGUCCUGCCUGCUUUGUGAGGCUUCUCUAUGUGAUGACCAUCUGAGAGUCCACAGCAAGUCACCAGAACACGUCAUAUGUGUCCCCACCAGCACGCCGGAGAACAGGAAGUGCCCCGUCCAUAAGAAGAUCCUGGAGUAUUACUGCACCGAGGACUCUGCUUGUAUCUGCGUCUCCUGCAGUUUAACUGGAGAACAUCGAGGACACCAGGUGGAGACCCUACAAGAGGUUUCUAUGAAGAGGAAGAAGAAACUGAUAAAUAAUCUUCAGAAACUGAUUACUAAGAGAGGGAGGACAGAAGACAGAGUCCAAAGUCUGAAGGAACACAGAGGAAAAGUACAAGGAAAUGUAAAUGGUGAAGAGAAGAGAGUCCUUGACUUGUUCAGAGACCUCAGGAGACGUCUGGAAGACCUGGAGAAGAGGGUCCUGGGUGAGAUCUCCAGGCAGGCAAAGGGGGUCUUAAGCCCAAUCAAUGAUCUGAUCCAGGAGUUGGAAUUAAAGACGGAGGAUCUGUCCAGGAAGAUGCGUCACUUAGAGGAGCUGUGCGCCAUGACGGAUCCAUUGGCCGUCCUUCAGGAAUCAGACUCAGGUGACUUGUGUGAUACUGAGGAUGGAGAUGACGAGUACAGAAAGAGACAUGAGAAACUCCUCCGCGAUGGAGGGGCUCUGGAUGUGACGGCGGUCUCACACACAUUGGGACAAGGUUUAUCUGAUGUAAUAAGUGGUGCAAUUGGGGGGAUCUAUAUUCAGAAAGCCGACAUAUUAUUGGAUGAGGACACGGCUAAUAAUUAUGUAUGUAUCUCAUCUGAUAAGAAGACCGCAUCCAGGUCAGGUAGAAGCCAGAAUCACACAAAUAGUUCAGAGAGAUUUGAAGAAUAUCCUCAAGUUUUAGGCAAUCAGAGUUUUUCCUCUGGGAGACAUUACUGGGAAGUAGAUCUCCAGACAUCCAAUAACUGGAGAAUCGGGAUGAGUUACGACCAUAUAGACAGGGACGGGGAUGAUUCCUUAAUUGGGGCUAAUGACGUGUCCUGGGGUUUGUCCAGGGUUGGUAAAAAGUAUAGCUUAAUACAUGACAUGGAUGAGACCGAACUCCCUGACAAUCUUCUUGGAAACAAAGUCCGGGUAUACCUGGAUUAUGAGGCCGGACAGAUCUCCUUCUAUAUGUGUGACCCCCUCCACCACCUCCACACCUUCACCGCCACCUUCACCGAGCCCCUCUAUGCUGUGUUGGGUGUAUGGCAUUCAUCUAUAUCAUUAUCUUGAAGGGGGAUGUGAAAAACCUGCUUAGCAUCAUUCUGAAUGGGAGAAAAUUGUAAUUUUUCUGCUAUUUUUCCACCUUCCUCUGAUCACAGUGAUUAGGUGUAUAAAGGGAAUGUGUAUAUAUAUAUUCGGGGGCCCUGGGGACCUCUGGGCCCUUUAAUAAAAAAAUAUAUAAAAAAAGGGGGGGGGGGUUGCCAUCCGGGGCCCCGGUGACCUCCAGGUCCCUUACAGGUGCACUGCCUGUACCCCCCUGAUGGUGGCCCUAAACUAGAACAUUCAUAAUAACGAUUUCCCAAUGUAAAGAUAAUGGGUAAUGCAGACACAGUACCAAAUAUCCAAUAAUAAUAACUGUGCAAAAAAUGUGCAAUAAUAAUAA